AUGGACAGUCUAUACAUGAAAGGAGAGUUACUGCAAGUUACUACUAAGAACAGUGAAGUAUAUGAAGGCCAUUUCUACAGUAUUACCAGUGAUAAGUCUAAAAUUUCUCUUUAUAAUGUUAAAGAGCUGCCUCAAGGGAAUGAAUGUGAAGGUAUAACACAUUACUAUAAUUCUGAAGUGACUAAUAUAGUGAAACUACAGAAAGCUGACAUUCAAAAGCACUUAAAGAUCUCAGAGAAGGAAUGUGAACUGAUCAUUAAUAUUGCAAAGAAAUACAUUUUUAUUAAUCAAGUGGACAACAGUUUCCAAGAAGCUUUGGAAGAUUUAAAUCAGUACAGCUACGUGAGUGUGAGCUCUGAUGGUGCAGCAAUGGGUCGCAAGUGCAAAAUGCCAUUUCUCGUAAUGGCUACUCCGCAGCAGAUUUACAUAUUUGAUAUUCAGGUGAUGCAGUACCGUGCCUUCGAGGCUGGUCUGCAGAAGCUACUGGAGAGUGAAUAUCCUAAGAAAAUAGUGCAUGAUUGCAGGAAACUGUCGGACUGCUUAUAUCAUAAGCAUAAUGUGAAGUUGUCUUCGGUGUUUGAUACUCAGGUUGGUGAUCUCAUUAUCCAGAGGAAUAAACAAGGCCGCCUGCCGGAGACAGUGAAGUCUUUGUCAGAAUGCCUCAACACAUAUCUCGGCCUGCAACUAAACGCUAUUGAGGAGAAACUUGACAUCCUACAGUGCACCGUCCGCCCGUUAUCUGCCAGUAUCAAAGACACCAUCGCAAAGAACAUAGCCUUCAUGCACCGCCUUUCAGAAAUAAUCAAUGAAGAAAUGAUGCUACCAUUCGUUCGGGGAGUAGAAUGCUUUGUGGAAAACCUUCGCUCCAGCGAUGACUUCAAGGCUUGGGAACUAUGCGGCAAGCAUCACCAAAUACCAAAGGACUUUAAGAGUGCAAUCGAGUAUUGAUUUAAGAACAACAUUCCUAAAUAAAGUAGUUGUAGGCCUA